UAAGAUUUAUGUGAAUGAUCUGCCAAUUGUUCUUUGCACCUUGAGAAUUUCUGUAAAUGAUUCAGAAAUGCGGCAAGCACUAAAGUCUGUUGCUAUUGAUGUUAAUGGAAUACUGGAUUUUUCAAGUUUCCUUAAGGCUGUGAAUGAUGUGUCUUAUUUGGUCUCUCAGGAUCCAGCAUUCCAGGAUGCCUUGAAGAUUUUCUGUAGGAUAAAAAGUGGUCGAAUUGCAACUGAUGAAAUAGUUGCUGUUUUGAAUAGCAUGGAUAUCUUAAUAAGCCCUGAAACUUUAAAGGAAGUGAUGAAACAUACGUAUAUUGAUAGUAACCACAUGGUGGACGUUGGGGACAUUAUAUUUAUUUUAAAUGAACUACAGCAACAGUAUGAGGAUGUUUCAAUUAUGGAAGGGUCAGCCUCAGAUGAAACUACUUCAGGCAGAAAAUUAUCAAAUAUAGCAGAAUGCUAUGUACAAUGUAAGAAGAAAAACAGUUUUUUUCCCCGACCCUCUGAACCUUCCAUAUCCAGAAAAUUAAAUAAAGAGUGCCACCAAUAUUAUAGCAAAAUUAUAGAGAAGAAUGAUGACCUGGAAUUUAAAAGACCAAAAAGUACUUUGCAAGAAAGAGAAUUCCUGGAUGGGACCAAAAGUAUUGAUGUAGGAUUCCAAGAACCAUAUUCAAAGAAUGGCGUAAACAUUAAAAAACAUUCAGAUAAAGGUGAAAUUCAUGACUCAAAGUCUAAACCACAAAACUUGAAGAGUAUAACAAGUGUCAAUAAGUCUCUGGAUAACAGUGAUAUUUCUGGUAUCUCAGAAUUUCAGAAACCAGCUGUGAGAAGGCAUUCCAGCCUCCUAAAACAGGUUUCACCUAAGGAAAAAACUGCAAUUAAUACUCUGGUGUUAUCUGAUGUUAUUAAAGCCACUGACAAAAUUAAAGAUGAAAAUGUUGAUUGUGAGGAUCUAAAUACUUGUCUUCAAAAUUUUGGAAUUUACCUUUCUAAGAAAGAAUUUGAGAAGAUUGCAGAUGGAAAGAAAAAAGUGAAUUUUAAAGAAUUCAUUGGUACUAUGAUGAGAGACACAGAACGCUUCUCUGAAAAAUUAUUAUUAUCUGAUGCUAUUGAAAACCUCAACAAUCUCGGCAAGGAGAGGAUAAGAGUUCCUGACCUGUGGAAUACUCUCUCUAGUUUGAAUAGUAAUUUAAAGAAAGAUGAAUUUCUAGCAGCAUUAAACCAACUGACAGUUGAUGAUGGUGACACAGUACAGUUUGAAGAAUUUGCAAAAGUGGUAAAGAAUAUGUGUGAUGCUUCCAGGUUAGAAGAGUUACAGGAGAUUGUCUCAGCUUUUGAUUUGGUUGAAGGUGGCAUGAUAGCUGAGAAGAACUUGGAAGAUUUUCUGAGAAAUGUUGGGAUUAAGUCACCUAAAGAAGAUGCAGAGAAAAUUCUUCAAUCAAAUUUUGUUUCAGAAGACAACAUGGUGAAUGCUAAAGAUUGUAUGAGGGCUUUGAGGGAUACCCAGAAAUUUUCUAAUUUUAUUGCGUUGAAUGAGGCCAUCAAUACAUUGGACCACAUGAAAGAAAGUUAUCAGUUUAACAAAGACAAACAUUCAGAUGUACUCGAAAACACCAAUAGACUUUAUUUUACUGAUGGCAUUCUUAAAGAAAUAAUUGAUGAGUUCUCUGCUGAGGGAGAUAAAGAUAAAUUUUACAACAAGACUAUUAACAAAAAUGAUGUUGCGGUCAUUUCUGAUCUUCAGAAAAAUUUAAAUGCCAUAGGAAUCUGUCUAACAGAUGAUAAAAUACAGGAGGCUUUGGUUAAUACGAAUCCCAAUGAUGAAGUGGUGCAUUUUAAGGAUUUUAUCAGAGAAUUGGCCAACACUGAUGACUUUAUUGAGUGCCAAAGAAUAGAAGAUGUAUGGAAUAUUGUUCAUAGUGUCUCUGAUGGGCAAGUUGAAAUUAAAGACCUUUCGUCUACCUUGAAUAGCCUGGAAAAACCUUUAAAUGAAGAACAACUUACGGUAUUACUGAACUCUGCAACAGAUGAAGGAAAAAUGAUCUUAAAAGUUGUAAGUAAUCUUUUAACUGAUUCAGCUAAACCAUCAACACCAUUCAACAAUUUGCUUAAAGAGAUUACAGUGCUUAAAAGUAUCAGAAAUGAUAAUAUGCCUGUAAAUGAACUGUGCUCCAAAUUCUUGAGUGCUGGAAUUCCACUAAGCAACCAGACAUUCCAGGAGAUCUUGAGACAAGCAUCUAUUGAUGAAAAUAGUGAAGUAUGUCUCAAAGACAUUUUGGAGAAUUUGAAUACAAGUAAGCCAGAUCCUAUAUUUGAAGAAAUAUACAGUGCUCUUCAUACUGCCAACCUGAUGAACUAUGACAAAAUUCAAGUUAAUGACUUGGAAAAUGCUUUUGACCACCUCAAUAUUUCUUUAAAGCCUGAAGAACAUCAGAUGUUAGAGAAAACACUUGAUGCUGAUGGUAUAUUUAAUCAUUAUAAGUUGAUUUUCUUAAUAAAGUGA